CCCCCUAAUCCCCUAGCUGGAGCCCUCCCCCACACCCAGUGCAAUUGAGUUAGUAACUGAGGGUAGGGGAGAGCGAGGGACAGGGAUGGAGUCAGCAGGUGGCAGACCGGGGCCUUCAGUUUUCUGCAAUUAGACAGUCAGCAACUGGAGGGGGCGAAAGGUUUUCUGCAGGGAGCGAAGCACACGUCCCCCCUGCCUGGGACGGGCCACGCGCCCCCUAGCGCUGAUUGGUGGCGCCUGCGUCCCUGGCGCAAUGAGGGUUCCUCCCCCCCUCAAGACGAAUGGGCCAGUUCUCCCGGCUCAGCCUCAAGGCGCAUGCGUACUCCUCCUCCCUUUCCUCCUACGGAAGCAGGUGCAUGCGCAGUCCACCUUCUGUUUUUGGUCACGCGCAGGCGCCUACGCACCUUCCGAUAGUCUGGUUCUUAAGCGGCCACGCAGCGUCCAUAUCGCGUCGGAGAGCGCUGGCUCGGCCGGGAACGCAACAACGCAUGCGCACAACCUCCCUGUCUCAGCGAGGCGCAUGCUCAGUGCUUCCCCGCGCGGCCGAGGAACGACGAAGGCGGGACGUUCAGCUGACGCGGGGCAGUGCGGAGCCGGGACAUGGCAGCGGCGGGCGGCGGGGCCUGGGCGCUGUGGUGGCGGGGCCUGACCCGCGGCAGGGCCGCUGCUCGCUGCGCAGGAUCCGGGGCCGGCGGCGCCUCCCUCCUGCGGUCUCCAGGGCAGCUGCCGGCGUGCAGACAGAAGUCAUCAGUCAGUUUCCUUAGUCGACCUGAUCGUCCAAAUCUAGCGUAUAAUAAGAUAAAAGGCAAGAACCCAGGUGUUGUCUUCCUCCCAGGCCUUCAUUCAGAUAUGAAUGGGCAGAAAGCAGUUGCACUCCAGGACUUCUGCAAAUCUCUCGGUCAUGCCUUUGUAAGAUUUGAUUAUACAGGAUGUGGAAGUUCAGAUGGUAAUCUUCAAGAGUGUACGGUUGGAAAGUGGAGGAAGGAUGUUUUAUCUGUACUAGAUGAACUCACAGAUGGACCACAGAUUCUAGUGGGAUCCAGCUUAGGUGGAUGGCUGAUGCUUCAUGCAGCAAUAGCUCGUCCAGAAAAGGUGGCCGCUUUAGUUGGAGUAGCUGCAGCUGCAGACUAUCUUGUAACAACUUUUAAACAACUUCCCCUUGAGGUCCAAAAAGAAAUAGAAGAGAAGGGUGAAUGGAAGCUCCCAACAAAACACAAUGAGGAAGGAUUUUAUUGUUUAUCAUAUGAAUUCAUUAAAGAAGCAGAAAACCACUGUCUAUUGAGCAAUCCUAUUCCUAUAACCUGCCCUAUAAAACUUAUCCAUGGCAUGAAGGAUGAAGAUGUUCCAUGGAAGGUAUCCAUGCAAAUUGCAGAUGAUGUUGUCAGCACAGAUGUGGAUGUGAUCCUCCGCAAAGUUGGUCAGCACCGAAUGAAUGAGAAGGAUGACAUGAAACUUCUUGUGUACACUGUUGAUGAUUUAAUUGACAAGCUGACAACCCUAGCAUGAGUUGCAUGUUAGCAUUAAUGCAUGAGCUUAACACUCAGAUCUCUUCUGUGAUUAACCAAAACCUCACUUUUUUUGUGGCAAUGGAACACUGCUGAAUCUGGAAGGAUGCAAAGGUCACGAAAGAAAGGAAGUGGAGCUUUAACUUCUGUCUCCUUACCUCUGUUUUGUAAAUAAAGGUGUUUUCUUAAUGCUGCAUUUGCACAAAUGGUAGAAAAUGUGAAGAAAAUGCUGCUGUUUGUUGGAAAAUUUUCCCCCACCUUGAUUUCCUGUGACUUUUUUUCAAAAGUUUCCUACACUAUUUUGUACUGAAACAUGUUUAUCUUUCUUACAUUUGUGCCAAUGGUUAAUUUUUUGCUACUAUUAGAACUGUACAGAACAACUUAAUUUUUUAAUUCCUUUUGACAUUCUAAAAUAAAUAUUGUGCUUUAUGCUUUAACAUUA